CUAGCCAUUGGGUUCGGCAUCAUCGUUUGAUAGUUGUGAUUUCCCCCCAUAGAGAUGAGCGCAGCCGCAGGAUACUUGAAAUGAUUCAAAAUCAAUAAAUCAAAAGGAUAAAGUCUCUAGAAUCGUAUAUGCUCGUUCGAAAUUUUUUUCUCGCAGUUUUUUUUUUUCGACCGGUAGUUGAGCAGGGGCAAGUACAGUUCGUUGUCAAAAGAAGCAGAACUCCUGUCGAAAUAAAAAAAUGGGGGUGGAUGAAAAUAAAAUCCAUCUUCGGGGGCCACUGAUGAAGGGCAAGGGCUACAGUCUCCGCCGCUGGGACCGCUGGCACCGCAACCAUUCUUCUCCCUGCUCUCCGGUGUCGUAGUCCGUGGGGAUGUUUGUUUUGUUUUGGUUUGUGGUGGUCUUCAACGUUUGCGUGGUCCCAGGGGAGUUGAUUCCGGAAGAUCACGUCAAAAUGUAUUAAUUUGGUGUACGUAGAAUUUUUUGAUUCAUUAGAACUACACCUAUCUGUAGCUGCAGCUGAUGUGUUGUCGUGUCCCUCUCAGUAUCACGAUCGUGAUUCACGAUGUCAUGUCACUUACUCUGCAAAGGCACGCAGGUAGUAGGAGAAGUUCAACAGCAGUUGUUGGUCACUUCUACUCUUCUACUUCGACUAGUCAACAAUGUAGAUGGUGAUCGUAGGAACAGACGGACGUUAAAACCCCAGGCUCUUCGGUUUGCUGGCCCAGACGAACCACGUCCUCGACACUGCGACGAAGCAGAAAAACGCCAUCGUAGCACAACUGGAAGCGAUUGCGGGAACGAGGGUGGACGGAAAUGGAGAUGGUCGCGUGUCCAGGCUCGAGGCGAAGGCGUUCUGCGAAAAGUUUCCGGGAAUCGGCGGCAGUGGUGGAGCUUCUAUGACCCCCAGCGGUGCCGCGACUCCGAGUAGCGUCGACCCGGUUCUUUCGAGCUUCACAGAGAAGAUGAAGCCGCUUUCUCGGUUAUUUGGCUCUUGCAUAGGCGGCCUUGCAGAUAAUACUGCUGAAGUUAGGUAAAUUAAGCUAUUCUGUUGGGUUGGUCUCAAUGUCAAUACUUGACUAUUGCGAGGCUAUGUGCUACGGUUAAUCAGGGGUUCGUAUUUUGUGUACGUGUAGACACUGCUAUUGCUUUGAUAAAACGCCACCACUUCAUUAUCCUGCUAGAUCGAUAUGUCCAUUACAGCCUCACAGAGUAAUAAUUUUGAGAUCGACGCGGACGCGGCAGCACAGGAAAAGAAAAAGAAAUACUUAUAUACUUACAGCGUUGAGGCUCCCGAGCAGCGCGGGUAUACCAAGGUCCUGCCCACUGAUCCCUAUGGAACUAUUCCUGUGAACCCCAAAGGAGAGGCGUCCCGUCCCCGUCCAGCUCCCGAACCGUGGCAAUACGUCAGGAACAAGAAUGAUCCCAAGAUUGAUCCCUCGGCAGCAGAGGCAGAAUACAUGCGGGAUCCCCGGACCAUGGGCAGCAGGGCCUUGUCGAGUUCAUCCUACUUCACCCAGGCGACCAACGGCGACCACCUCGAAGACGACCACACCGAUGUCCCGUCGCAAGUAUUUUGUCAAAAUUGGUAACCUGCAGCUGCAAAAACUGAAACACAACAUUUGGCAAAUGUCAUUUGAGUUUUGCUUUUUAUGUCUCACGAGAAAGUGUAUUUUAUGAAAUUCAUUCUUUUUUCACUGAAGUAAUUUAAUUCUUACGAAAAAUAGAAAUAACAACAGCACGAAGAGGAGCUGCACGUCGACUGAAGCGACCCGCGAAGAAAAACUGACUCACCUCUCCGCGCGCGCAGCAGGGUUCCAUGACGGAGGCAUCAAUCGGCAAAUCCGCACAUCAUGACCGAAUGGUAUCGAUAAAUUGUUUUUUCUUCCUGCUGUUUUUUUCUGUGCCUCUCGUCACGAAAACGCUCUUGUUCUUCUCAUUAUGUAUGUGGAUAUGGUUUGCUUUUGAAUUUCUGAUGUUGAGAAGCGAAUGCCUUUACGAAAACAGAUCGUCUUCAUGCCGUUUCACCUCCGUCGAACCCCUUGCACGAUCGGCGAUGGAUGCAGCUGUUGUCUUCUCUAUCUUCUACCCCCUUUGCUAUGAACGAGACCAAAUCACCUUCAUCCGGUUCAGAGGAAAUUACAAAGCAACAUGAAUGAAAUAAAUAUGUCAACAUGUAAAUGUACAUACAAACACAAAUAAAAAGAAGCGAAAAGCAGGAACCGACCACUGUAUGAUAUGUACCUAGUGUCGUCCCCUGGGGUUGAAAGCGCCAAGGAAGUUUUUUCAGUGAGUCAAUAUGUAUCAAACCCAUCUUCAACUUUGUCGUACUACAGUGACAGACAGUCCAAGUCGAACUUGUAUGGAAAUCGUGGUAACUGCAAUGUACACUUGCAAAUUAUACUGAAACUUCGAAAUAAAUGAAAUGUACCUACGUGCGCUGAUACAAAUUUUGAAAAAAAAAGCACAGCCAAAUACUACUGGAGCCACCGGCUUCAUCGAGGA